GAGAGAGAGGAAAGCGGCUCUUGUUCACUCGCUCACUCUCUGAGGGAAUCAUGAGGAUCUGACCUGGUUUCUGCUGGUUUCGCGCCGUGGCUCGUGUUUCUGUGGUUUUAUGCGUUCGUUUAUGUGGAAAGGAUGGCUGAUCUUGCGCGAGUCGGCGUGCCGCUUCUACAGUCAGCAGAUGAAGGGCAAACAUCUGGCCAUCAAGAAGAUGAAUGAGAUCCAGAGGAACAUCGACGGCUGGGAGGGUAAAGACAUCGGCCAGUGCUGCAACGAGUUCAUCAUGGAGGGGACGCUCACGCGGGUCGGCGCCAAACACGAGCGCUACAUCUUCCUGUUCGAUGGCCUCAUGAUCUGCUGCAAGUCCAACCACGGCCAGCCGCGUCUGCCGGGAGCCAGCGCCGCCGAGUACCGGCUCAAAGAGAAGUUCUUCAUGAGGAAGGUCCAGAUCAAUGACAAGGACGAUAAGGAGGGCGAGUACCGGCACGCCUUCGAGAUCAUCCUGAAGGACGGGAACAGCGUGGUGUUCGCCGCUAAAUCUGCGGAGGAGAAGAACGGCUGGAUGGCGGCGCUGAUCUCGCUGCAGUACCGCUCCACGCUGGAGCGCAUGCUGGACACGGCCAUGCUGCAGGAGGAGAAGGAGGAGCAGAUGAGGCUCCCCGGGGCCGAGGUGUACUGCUUCGCCCAGCCCGACUCCGAGGAGAACGUCGUGUUCGAGGAGAACGUCCAGUCCAAAUCCGGCAUUCCCAUCAUCAAAGCCGGAACGGUGCUGAAGCUCAUCGAGCGGCUGACCUUCCACAUGUACGCUGAUCCUAAUUUCGUCCGGACGUUUCUGACCACAUACAGAUCGUUCUGUAAACCUCAGGAGCUGCUGGAUCUGCUCAUGGAGAGGUUUGAUAUUCCUGAACCCAAACCCACGGAAGCGGAUCAGAUGGCCAUGGAGAACGGAGACCAGCCGCUGAGCGCAGAACUCAAGGCUGUCUCUAAUGCGUAUCUGUGUGUCUGCAGGGUGUUGAAUGUGUGCAGGCACUGGGUCGAGCAUCAUUUCUAUGACUUUGAGAGAGAUGCUCAGUUGCUGCGGCGGCUGGAGGAGUUUAUCGGCAUGGUCAGAGGUAAGGCCAUGAGGAAGUGGGUGGAGUCCAUCACGAAGAUCAUCCAGAGGAAGAAACAGGCUCAAGCCAACGGCCCCAGUCACAACAUCACGUUCGAGAGCUCGCCGCCACCCAUCGAGUGGCACCUGUGUAAAGCAGGACAGACGGAUCAGUUUGACCUCAUGACCCUUCACCCCAUCGAGAUCGCCCGACAGCUCACGCUGCUGGAGUCCGACUUCUACAGGUGCAACCCUCAGCCUGUGACCUCUGACGUCUUUUCGCCAUUUACUCGCCCUUAUUUCAAUCCAACCCUGUUUUUUCUUUAUCAUAUUUUACCAAGGAUUUAUUUAACAAAUAUUCUGAAAACUGAGGAGGGAAAUCCAGACUUCCUGAAGAGACACGGCAAGGAACUGAUCAACUUCAGCAAACGGCGGAAAGUGGCGGAAAUAACCGGAGAAAUCCAGCAGUACCAGAACCAGCCGUACUGCCUACGUGUGGAAAACGACAUACGGAAGUUCUUUGAGAACCUGAACCCGAUGGAGGACAUGACGGAGAAGGAGUUCGCCGACUAUCUGUUCAACAAAUCUCUGGAGAUCGAGCCGCGUAACGCUCGCACGCUGCCUCGAUUCCCGAAGAAGUACAGCUGUCCUCUGAAGUCUCCGGGUGUUCGCCCGUCAUCCGUCCGCCCGGGAACCAUGCGGCACCCGACGCCGCUGCAGAACGAGCCCCGGAAGAUCAGCUACAGCCGCAUCCCAGACAGCGAGACGGAGAGCAGCAUCGCUUCAGCGCCCAACUCUCCCCGCACUCCACUGACACCUCCACCAGCCUCCACCGCAUCCAGCUCCACCGAGAUCUGCAGCGUCUUCGACUCCCCGCAGCCGCCCUCCAGCCCCUUCCACUCCAGGUCUUCUUCCGUGUCGUCGAUGAUGAGUUUCCUCCGGAACGACGAGCUUCCCGUUCCUCCGCCCAUCCCGCCGCGCCGCCGGCCCGAAUCUGCGCCCGCCGAGUCCUCGCCCUCCAAGAUGAUGUCGAAGCACCUGGACAGUCCUCCGGCGAUCCCGCCGCGUCAGCCCACCUCCAAGGUGUACUCGCCCCGUUACUCGCUGACGGAGCCGCCCGACAGCCCGCCCACCCUGCCGCCGCGGGAGCCGGUGCGAACGCCAGACGUCUUCUCCAGCUCCCCGCUGCACCUGCAGCCGCCUCCGCAGGGCCGCCGCUCCGAGCCCAGCCAGGCCUUCUUCCCGCCGCAGAUGCCCGGGCCGCCCGUCCCGCCGCGCCACAGCACCUCGCAGUCGCCCAUCCCCAAACUCCCGCCCAAGACCUACAAGAGAGAGUCGGUCCACCGCGACGGGCCGCCGCUCCUGGAGAACGCAAACCCCUCGUAGAGCGACGCGCCUA